UUCACAAUUCGAAUCACAGACCAAAACCCUCAAAUGUUUACAGAAUCACAAUUUAAAUUUGGUAGCCUGAAAGGUCAAUUGUUUCAUUUUUCGAUUGCAUUUAAGGUCAAUUGUUUCAUUUUUUGAUUGCAGAUAUGUAUAAACCCUAAUUCAUAUAUACAGCAAAAUGGCGAAACAAUCCACGUGGUUCAUCUCAAUUCCGAAAAGAUGGCCUCUGAUAGUUCUGGUAUUGUUCACUCUGUCCACUGCCAUUGUCUUCUUCAUCAGAGCUUCGAUCGGUACUUGCGACACCGACAAUCGAAUUCACUUGAUCACGCAAGUCGGAGAGGUAAACAAUCCACUCAGUUUCAUGAAAUCGAAACUCGUUCUCUUGGUCUCCCACGAACUCUCUCUUUCUGGUGGUCCAUUAUUAUUGAUGGAGCUGGCUUUUUUGUUGAGGAGUGUUGGUACAGAAGUUGUUUGGAUCACUAAUCAGAAACCCACAGAAACAGAUGAAGUGAUUUAUAGUUUGGAGCGUAGGAUGUUGGAUCGAGGAGUGCAGGUUUUCUUUGCAAAGGGUCAAAAAGCUAUAGAUACAGCUCUGAAAGCUGAUUUGGUUGUUUUGAAUACUGCUGUUGCUGGAAAAUGGUUAGAUGCUGUUCUUAAGGAAAAUGUCCCUCAUGUUCUUCCAAAGGUGUUGUGGUGGAUUCAUGAAAUGCGAGGGCAUUACUUUAAAAAGGAAUAUGUUAAGCACCUCCCUUUUGUUGCAGGUGCCAUGAUUGAUUCACAUACAACAGCAGAGUAUUGGAAGAAUCGGACACAAGAACGUUUAGGGAUUAAAAUGCCUGAGACCUAUGUCGUGCACCUUGGGAAUAGCAAAGAAUUGAUGGAAGUAGCUGAGAACAAUGUGGCAAAAAGAGUUCUUCGUGAGCAUGUCCGAGAAUCCUUGGGAGUGCGGCAGGAAGAUCUGCUCUUUGCUAUUAUCAACAGUGUUUCCCGUGGAAAAGGUCAGGAUCUCUUUCUCCGUGCCUUUCGCGAAAGUCUGCAACUCAUUAGAGAGAAGAAGCUGCAAAUGCCAUCGAUGCAUGCUGUAGUAGUGGGAAGUGAUAUGAAUGCUCAGACCAAAUUUGAAAAUGAACUGCGAAGCUUUGUUGUAGAGAAAAAUAUUAAGGAACACGUUCACUUUGUCAACAAAACCCUCAAUGUGGCUCCUUAUCUGGCGUCUAUUGAUGUUCUUGUUCAGAACUCGCAGGCUCGGGGAGAAUGCUUUGGAAGGAUAACCAUUGAAGCUAUGGCCUUUCAGCUGCCUGUAUUGGGCACAGCUGCUGGAGGCACAAGGGAGAUAGUGGUAAAUGGAACAACGGGAUUGUUACACCCGGUUGGGAAAGAGGGUGUGACACCUCUGGCGAAGAACAUUGUGAAACUGGCCACCCAGGUUGAGAGGAGGCUGACUUUGGGAAAGAACGGCUAUGAGAGGGUGAAAGAAAGGUUUUUGGAAUGUCACAUGUCACAUAGAAUUGCUUUGGUCCUGAAAGAGGUAUUGCAGCAGGCAAAAGAGCCACACAUAAUGUAAGCUUGCAAAUACCUUCGCGGAAAACAAUUGUCCAAAUCAUGAUUGCAUUCAUUCUCAGCAAAGUGAAAACUUUCAUGCUCAAUCUUUUGUUCCAUUGGUAACUCUUUUAGAUGUAGUCCUCCUCCUCCUCAGUUUGUACAUCACCAUCCUUGCUAUCUUGUAGAACCAGAAAGCACUCACCAACUGCAGUCCCAAAG